UCUUGUAUCAGACUAGAUUACCCAAAUAUUCAUCUCUAGUAUUUUGCUUUCUCUACCUUCUUCAAACUCAGUUAUCAUGGCUUCUACUUCUUCAUCAGCCCCUCCCUGCAAGUACGAUGUUUUUAUUAGUUUUAGAGGCAAAGAUACCCGUUAUGGUAUUCUCUCCCAUCUCUUUGAAGCUUUGCAGCGAAAGCAAAUCAAUGCCUUCUUGGAUGAAGAACUUCGUAAAGGAGAAGAGAUCUCACCAGCUCUCUUGAAAAUAAUCCAAGAAUCCAGUGUCUCAAUUGUCAUUUUCUCUGAAAAUUAUGCAGAUUCUGCAUGGUGCUUGGAUGAGCUUGUUGAGAUACUUAAAUGCAGGGAAGAAUCAGGACAAAUAGUCCUACCAGUUUUUUACAAAGUAGAUCCCACUGAGGUUCAAGACCUGACAGGGAAUUUCGGGAAGGCACUUGCUAUGCAUGGAGAAAAAGGCAAUUCACAGAAGGUGGGCCAGUGGAAGCGUGCUUUGAUGGAAGUAAGCAACUUUUCAGGAUGGGAUUUACAGGAAAUCAAGUAUGAGGCCAAAUUAGUUGAGGGAAUUGUCAAUGAUGUUUUGAUCAAAUUUAGUGAUAUGUCUAAAGGUGAUGAUUCUUAUGAUCGCAACUUGAUUGGAAUUAAACUGCGUGUGGAAGAAGUGGAACGGUUGUUAAAUGAGAAGCAGAUUGUAGGAAUUUGGGGGAUGGGAGGCAUUGGUAAAACAACUAUUGCACAAGAAGUAUUUCAUCGAAACAAGAAUAAAUUUGAUGGUCAUUGUUUCGUUGAAAAUGUUAGGGAAACAAUGACAAAGCAAUCAUCAAAUUCAGUGCGAGUCAAAAUCAUUCAACAAUUAUUAAGGGACAAACAUGUAGACAGUUUGAAUGAUUCUACUAGGAGAAGGCUUAAGAGUAAGAAGGUAUUGAUUGUUUUUGAUGAUGUAGAGGAUCGAAACCAUUUAAAAGAUUUAGCAGGAGAUUGUGAUUUGUAUGGUGAGGGAAGUAGAAUCAUCAUAACUAGUAGAGAUUCACUUGGUUUAUCAGAGGAAGACAGAUAUGAGGUUGAGAAGUUAAGUGAUUCUCAAGGUCUGGAACUCUUUAGCUUGCAUGCCUUCGAGCAAAAUCAUUCCAAGGAAGAAUAUAAGGAGCUAUCAAACAACGCAAAAAAAUAUGCUGGAGGCAAUCUAUUAGCUCUUAAAGUUUUGGGAUCUCAUUUAUUUAAUAUGCACAUAGAAGAAUGGGAAAGUGAAUUGGAAAAAUUGAAAGUUGAACCUCUUGAGAAAAUUCAAGCUGUUUUGAAAACAAGUUAUGAUGGGCUAGGGGAUAAGGACAAGGACAUAUUUCUUGAUAUUGCAUGUUUCUUCAAAGGGCAAAAUAAAGAUGAGGUUGAGAGAAUAUUAGAAGCAUUUGGUUUCUUUCCAAAAAGUGGAAUACCUCGCUUACUUAAAAAAUCUCUCAUAACUGUUUCGUCACUCAAUGAGAUUCAUAUGCAUGACUUGCUAGAGCAAAUGGGCAAGGAUAUUGUUAUUAAGGAAUGCAAACAGCCUGGAGGACGCAGCAGGUUGUGGAAUUAUGAAGAUAUUAGUCAUGCAUUGACAACAGGGAUGGUAAGGACCAAAUUAAUCAAUGAAGCUUUUUUCAUUAUCAUAUUUGAAUUUUGUAAGAAUUGUAGAUCUCGUGAUGAAUUAAGUAUUAAUCAAUAAUCCUUUUUGCUGUUAUUUUAC